UAAUAGCGUUCGUAAUUUAUAUGCUCAAUUUGAUAAAAGCUUAGAGGUUCUUAAAAGAUCGAUUGAGCUAAAAGAUGAUGAAAAUGUGAAAAAGCUAAGUGCGGAUGUUGAAAAACUUAUUGAGCAGAAGUGGAUUACAUAUAUAACUAAAUUUAAUAAAAAUAUAAAGUUAUUAAAUGACGAAAAACUCAUCGAAUAUGAUAUCUAAGAAGCAACAAGUUGUCAACGAACUCCAUAAACCGGCACGUAAGAAUUUUAAACGGAGAAGAGUAAUUAUAAAAGGUCUGGAUGAUUUAUGGCAAGCGGACUUAGUUGAAAUGGGUUCAUAUGCUAAAGAAAAUAAUGGAUACAAAUAUUUGCUUACGGUUAUCGAUUCAUUUUCUAAAUACGCCAGGGCCACACCCAUCAAAAAUAAAAGUAGUGAAGCGGUUUGUAAUGCUAUGAUUAAAAUUUUUCAACAAGGACGUAUACCGAAAAAUCUCCAAACAGAUGAUGCACAAUAAAAGCAGCAAUUGUUGAGCGGUUCAAUCGGACUAUAAAGGAGCA